AUUCAACUUCCCGUGGAGAGGGGAGGGACUGCUCUCUUAAGGUGAGGCGGAAACAAAGGAUUAAAAACAAAGCAGGAGGACAAAAACACGACUGCCUAAAGAUGAAAAGUUUAGCUAAAGACAGAGCAGGAAUCAGCAGUAUGUCCAUGAACAGUGACAAUUCUCGAGAUUAUCCUCCACUCUUCAGUCAUGAUCCUGGAUCCUCAGGCACAAAAAGUCAGCAGCACAAACACGAAGCAGUCUUUCCAGGAACCAGCACGAUGUCCAUGAACAGUGGCAAUUCUCGAAAUUAUCCUCCAGUCUUCAGUCAUGAUCCUGGAUCCCCAGUCACAAAAUGUCAGCAGCACAAACACAGAGCAGAGUUUCCAGGAUCCAGCUCCAUGUCUAUGAAGAGUGACAACUCUAAAAAUUAUCCCCCAGUCUUCAAUCAUGAACCUGGGCCCUCAGUUACACAAGAGAAGCUACUGGAGCGAAAACCUUGGUCCUACUGUGAAUUAUGUCACAAUGUCCUGAAGGAUUCAUCAAGAGACCCCUCUUGUCCCCAAUGUGGAGAAAGAUGUAGAACCAGAGCUGGUCUGGAGAAAGCCAAUGCAGGGCUGCAGAAAGUUUCCGAUGCACUAAAGGUCACUCUGAGGAGAAGAUGUGAACGUGUAACUGAAGGACCUGAUAAAACAGGAAGUGGAACCCUCCUCAACAGGAUCUACACUGAGCUCUACAUCAUAGAGGGACAGAACGAAGAGUUUGAUACCCAACAUGAGGUGAGGCAGGUGGAGAACGCUUCAAAGACGAAGACCCUCUGUGAAACACCAAUCAGCUGCCAGGACAUCUUUAAAACCUUGCCUGACCAACAGAGACCCAUCAGAGUGGUUGUGACAUAUGGUGUUGCUGGCAUUGGAAAAACCUUCUUGGUGCAGAAGUUCACUCUGGACUGGGCAGAGGGCUUAGAAAACCAACACAUCAGUGCGGUGGUUCUGCUUUCAUUCAGGGAGCUGAACUUGGUCAGAGACGAGCAGUACAGUCUUCUGGAGCUGAUCCAUGUUUUCUAUCCAACAUUACAGAGCAUCACAUCAGAGCAGCUCCCUGUUUGUAAUCUUUUGUUCAUCUUUGAUGGCCUGGAUGAAAGCAGACUUUUGUUGGAUUUCACCAACAUGAAGUUUGUUUGUGAUGUCACACAGAAGUCAACCAUCAGUGAGCUGCUGAUAAAUCUCAUCAAGGGGAAUCUGCUUCCCUCAGCUCUCAUCUGGAUAACUUCCCGACCUGCAGCAGCCAAUCAGAUCCCUCCUGCAUGUGUUGACAGGACGACAGAAGUACGAGGGUUCACUGAUGCUCAGAAGGAGGAGUACUUCAAGAGGAGAUUCAUAAAUAAAGAGCUGUCAAGCAGAAUCAUCUCCCACUUGAAGACAUCCAGGAGCCUUUACAUUAUGUGUGGGAUCCCAGUUUACUGCUGGAUCACUGCUACAGUUCUGGAGCACAUGUUGACUACAGAGCAGAGAGGAGAGCUGCCCAAGACCCUGACUGACAUGUACUCACACUUCCUGCUGGUUCAGACAAAGAAAAAGCAAAAGUACCAUGAAGGAAAAGAGAUGAGUUCGCAAGAGAUCACCAGUGCUGACAGGGAAGUUCUUCUGAAGCUGGGGAGGCUAGCAUUUGAACAUCUGCAGAAAAAGAACAUCCUGUUCUACCAAGAAGACUUGGAGCAGUGUGGUCUGGAUGUCACAGAGGCCUCGGUGUACUCAGGAGUUUGUACAGAGAUCCUCAAAAGAGAGUCUGUGAUCUUCCAGAAACCAGUUUACUGCUUUGUUCAUCUGAGCAUUCAGGAGUUUCUGGCUGCAGUCUACAUGUUCCACUGUUACACCAACAGGAAGACAGAGGAGCUGCAGGACUUCUUUACUGAGGAUGAUAAAGGAAAUAACAUAUCUCUGGAAAAUAUCUCAUCUCUGGAAGAUUUUCUGAGAGAAGCCAUGGAGAAAUCCUUGCUUCUUGGGAAUAGCCACCUGGAACUGUUUGUUCGCUUCCUUCAUGGCCUCUCUCUGAACUCCAACCAGAGACUCUUAGGAAGUCUGCUGGGUCAGACAGAGUACAAUCCACAAACCAUCCAGAGAGUCAUCAACAACCUAAAGGAGAUUCGCAGUAAUGGCAAGUGUCCUGACAGCUGCCUAAACAUUUUCCACUGUCUCAUGGAGAUGAAGGACCUCUCAGUACAUCAGGAAAUCCAAGCGUUCCUGAAGUCACAGAACAAAUCAAAGAAGGAACUCUCUGGAAUCGAGUGCUCAGCUCUGGCAUAUAUGUUGCUCAUGUCAGAGGAGGUUAUGGAUGUGUUGGAUCUGGAAAAGUACAACACAUCACUGGAAGGACGACAGAGACUGCUACCAGCUGUGAAGAACUGUAGAAAGGCUCGACUACAUGAUGUCUUGAUCUCAGAGAAGCUCUGUAACACUCUGACCUCAGCUCUGAAGUCCAGCCCCUCCUAUCUCACAGAGCUGCACCUGAGUUCAGUCAACCUGCAGGAAUCAGCAGAGACACUGUUUGCUAGUCUGGGGCAUCCAAACUGUAGACUGGAGACACUCAGAUUUGAGAAUUGCAGUUUGUCAGAGGAAAACUGUGCUGCUCUGGUCAGUGCUCUGAAGUCCAACCCCCCUGAUCUAAAACGUAUGGAUAUAAUAGGAAACAACCUGCAGGAUUCAGGAAUGAAACAGCUGUGUGAUUACCUGGAGAGCCCACACUGUAGACUGGAGACUUUAAGGUUGACUGCUUUGCUUUAGAUGCUGUACUGUGUCUUUUGAACAGAUUGAUACACGCAGCGAUGCCUGCAGAGUGAUCCUUGAAGUCAAGGACUGACUCUGCCCAGACUUCCCAAAUGUGUCGCAGACCGUGCAAAGACAGACAAAGACAGCAUGGCCUUAACCAACUGCCUUUACAUGCUGGAUUAAUCUUAUCACUCCCGUGGGUGUGUCAGUAUUGGCAUAAUCACAUUCCUAGGCGCUGAGACAUUCAGUUCAUUUACCUAAAUAGCAUUUUGACCCAGUAUCUUAAAUGUUCUUCAGUUCUGAUUUGUUUGUGAAAUAGGUUUUUAACUGCAUUCAUUUCACACCCAGAGAUCCACUGAGGAUAGACCAAAGUGAGAAUGCUCUACACUCAUAACACAGAGAUGCCCAUGACAAAGCAAAUGACCAAAGGACUUUCCUCUAAUCUUACAAGAGUCACUAAGCUCUGAAAUAAGUGGUGGAAUAUAUUUCCACCACUAAAAAAGUAGAGGCACAAAAUAAGUGUCUCUAUCUGCUUUCCUGAGUUGAAUGAUACCUUUGAAGUACUAUGGCUGCUCUCUAGCUGGUCUUGGAGCUAAAAGUAAUAAAGCAGGUCCUGAUUUAUUACUUUGCUAUGAAAAAUUGUAGUAAUUUCAUUGUCGCAUGUUAUCUUGCUUGUGGUGUUGCAUUAGAGCUCCAGCAGUGUGUGUGUGUGUGUUUUUAAGUGCUGUGUUAUAUUACAGUUGAAACACGUGUGUGUAACAUGUUUUCUGUAUUAAAUGGAAAUCCAGUUUUGUAGUUAAAAAUGUGCAGUAAAAAAUAAAGUGUUCACACCACUUAGUUUGUUCCACAUUUUGCCAUGUUAGUCUUAUUGUUAGCAUGGUGUAAAAUGUAUACAC